AUAAUUAUAUAUAUAGAUCUCCUAUGGUCAUAAUUCACUGAAUCCAUAAGCAGGUGAAAAACUAAAUCCAUUAAACAAAACGAACCAAACCACAACAAAUCCUCAAAUCUCAACAACCCCAUAAUUCCUUGACCCCUCUCUAUAAACACACUCCCCAAUCCUAAAUUCAGCACAAACUAACUCAUCAGCAUUCAUGGCUAGACAACACAUAACCUUCAGAAACCAGCAAUUCAGCAAUUCAUACCUGGGAUUUGGAGUUGGUAGUCUCAUUCUGUGUGCAUUGGCUCUGUUCAUGUGUGCCAGCCACUCUCGUAGGCGAUGGAGGCACUGGAAAUCUUGCUACGGCUACGGGAAACAAGACCCCAUCAUCCAACUCAACCACGAAGAGAUCAUGGAUUACCAGUUAGGAGAUGUCGAGCCAAGCAGUGAAGGAACCCUGUGGAAGAAGAAUAUAAUGAUGGGAGGAAAGUGCCAGCUUCCCGACUUCUCCGGUGUCAUUAUAUACGACUCCACAGGGACCGUUGUCACCCCUGCCACGAACCACAGAGCUCUUCCUGCACUUACAUGGAAAUGAUGGAGAUUCGUACUUC